AUGUUGUUCGAAUUAUACGAUGAAAAAACAUUAGCAGAAACAUUUGAUACGGAAACUCCUGUGACGUCGGAAUCAUCUGAAGAUGAAGUCAUGUUCAGAGCGAAAUAUUUGGGGAGCACAUUAGUUGAAAAAGCAUCAAGCGAAGAAACAACAGCAGAAGCAAUAAAAACAAUAUUAUCAAUGUCAAAAGUCGGUGGUAAAAAAUUACAAAGAGUUAUUGUUUUUCUCGGUCUUCAAGGUAUAAAAGUCGUUAAUAUUCCAACGGAAGAAAUUCAUUUAGAUAUAUCCAUAUACAGUAUUUCAUAUUGUUCGGCCGAUGCAUCACACAGUCAGGUAUUUGCCUUCAUUGCAACAAACGAUAACAACACAAUGGAAUGCCACGCUUUUCUUUGUCCAAAAAGGAAAACGGCUCAAGUGAUGUCGUUAACUCUCGCAAAAGUUUUUCGAAAUGCUUACGAUCUUCUUGCGGAUGAUAUACAUAAAGCCAAACUCAUUAUAUCAACGGAUGAUGAUGGAAAUUCUAGAAGAAAAGAAAAAUUAGACAAUGAUUUAUUAUUAAAUAGGAAAAAUGAUUAUAAUAAUAAAGUAACGGAAACGGCGCUUUUGAUUGAUUUUAAAACGGAAAUAAGUAGAAACAGGAUAAAAACAUGGGAAUCUUUUGAUGAUGAUGAUGAUGAAACGUCGGAUAAAAUGAAUUAUUCCAAGUAA